AUGGUCUUAGCUCACCAAGACGCGUGGCGGAAGCACCCGUUCCUCUCCAACUGCACCAAGAAGCCGCUUCCGGGCCUUGGCAUCGCCGUCGGUAUCUUCAGCGUCUACCUCGCCAUCGGCGCGGUCACGGGCAGCGGCAACAGCCACGCUGGCCACCACUCGUCGGUCACGUACGUCAAGGAAGAGAUUGGCGAGCGCCCUAAGCUCGAAGAGUAG